AUAUUUUUUAAUAUACGGAGACAAAAUGGCGGAUGGUAAUCACCAUCAUCAUCAUCAUGGACAUGGAGGUUGUGACCACGCCCAUGGAGACCCAGGGGACCUCUCCUUAGCCUACAGUCUCUACCAAAAGAUUGACUUGAUUAACGUUAAGUGUUUGAAUGAGAGUGAAGAAGACUCCGGAAAGAAUGUAUUCAAGCCUUGGGAGGAAAGAUUGGAUACGAAAAUGUAUGUUGAGAGCGAUGUUGAUGAAGAGCUUUUAUUUUACAUACCGUUUACCGGUAAUGUCAAGCUAAAGGGUCUGGUAUUAUUCGGAGGUGAAGGGGGCCAGCAUCCAAACGAGCUCAGACUGUUUAAGAACCGUAAUCCACAGGGUUUUGAUGAAGUAAGAGGGGAACCAGAGCAGUCCAUAAGAGUGGCACACGACGAGACUGGAGAGAAGGAGUAUCCAAUAAAGACAUCAAGAUUCAACUCUGUCUCGAGCCUAGUGAUUCACAUACCUGGCAACUACGGAGAUGAAACCACACGAGUAUACUAUAUAGGACUUAGAGGGGAUUUCAGUGAGGCCGUAAGACACGAAGUAACCAUAGCAACUUACGAAGCCUCGCCCAACCCGUCCGACCAUAAAACCAGUAACUAUCAACCGGUCAAUAGUGGAUUUGUUUCUUAAAAAUAAACCUUUUAAUUUUCUUUCUCUCUCUUUUGUCUGUCCUUUCAUCUACUCUUCCCUCCCUCCCACCUCUUUUCUCUUUGUUCUUGAGUGAUUAUUGUGAUUCAUUUAUUGGGUAUGAUUGUAUCAUUGCCUGGCAACACUAUGCCUGUCUCCUUGGAGAGCACACGCUUGUAGUGGCAUGUGUGAUGUGAACUGUGUGGCUUACUAGAUCAGGGAAGUAACAAGCUUGUUUCCUUCCUUUAUUUCUCACACUUGUAUGUCCUUCUCCCUCUCUCUCUCUCUCCCUUCCCCUACUCUUUAUGUUAAUUUCUGUCUCUUCUUCUCUUAUGUUAAUAAACCAGUUAUUCAUCCAUGGACAUACAAAAUAAAA